CAUACAGUGACUCAUAUUGAUGAUGUAAUGUGUGUGCGCCACAAAAAAACAUAAUCAUGGCGACGGUAACAGUAAAGCAAGAGACGGAGGAUGAAGACUGUUCUCUACUUCCACUGGUCCACGACAUAAUUAAAUGCAUGGACAAAGACAACCAGGAGGUGCACCAGGAGCUGAACAAGCUGAAGGCGCGGAUCCAGGAGGCGCGGGAGCAGAUCGCCUCCAUGCCCGGGAUCGAGCUCAGCCCGGACCAGCAGCAGCGCCGGUUGCGCCUGCUACGGGAGCAGGUCCGCACCAAGAACCAGCUGCUGCAGAAGUACAAGAGCCUGUGCAUGUUCGACAUCCCCAAAGCCUAGGGCCGCGCAGGGACGCCUCUGAACGGACACAGCAGCCGGUGGACUGGACGCCCCUGGUCCGGUGGUCCCCAGCCCCGUUCCUGUAGGCUUUCACUCCGACCCUAAUGACGGCUCAAGAUCUCUAGCAGUUAAAGACGUUUUUGGGGUUGAAGUGAAAGGUUUGCGGACGUUAGAUCUCCGGGAACGGGGUUGGACAGCCCUGCUCUUGCUGUUGGAAUAUGGUGUGCUUUGUUAGGGUUGAAAUGGAAACCUACGGGACGGUAGGAGUUGGGGACCACCGCCCUAUAUGGACGCACCCCAGGAUGGACAGACAUAAACUUCAGAGUCCUGCUUCCGCAGAGCACUGCUGCUUUUUUUUUUUGUUUUUUUUUGUUCUCAGUUUAAAAAGUUCACACCCAGGAAACCACAUCUGGCAAGUUAACUUUGAAGAGUUUUUUGGAAUGUUUCUUCAAAAUUUCAAAACUUUCGAUUAUGAGUAGUGAUUGUCACGCCAGCAUUAGCAUGGCAGCCAUUCUGUGAAAGUUGGCAAGUGAACACAGUGAGGCACAAACUGAAUGUUGUCUCCGGCCAGUAACCCUGUAGUCACCCAACCCUAUCCCCAACCCUUAAUGUGGUCCGCCUGGAAACCUGCUGAUGCGCUUCUUCUGUGUUUCUUUUCAAGUGCUGGAUUUAAAAAAGAAAAUGCUUUUUAGAGUAUUUACUGUACACAGCGUGUUUUCAUGAGCAAAGAUAACCUCGAAGUUGCUCUCCAAGAGCCACAUGUACUGUUCCUUUCGUUUUUCUUCACCGCGCCGACGGCACAAGUCUAUUCUGUCAUGUUUCCCUUUUCUACGAUCUUUACAGUAUACGUUUCCAUCCAUACUUUUUUUUUGUUUGUAAAAACCCUUUUGUACCUUUUUAAUGAUGUAUUUAUGGUAUCUUGCAAACAAAUAAAGUGGCUAACGCUUA